UGUUGCUGCCAGUCUGGAAUUCAGGGAACGGUGAGGUUGUUAGGGUAGCACAAGAAAUCAUGCUUGCCAGAAGGAUACCCUCUGUCACGCUGCGCCCAGCGUGGUGCUCGCGGGCAGAAUGGGUGUAUGCCGCAUAUCGAUCCGUGUCGAAAAGGGUUGGCUUGACUAACCAUCUCGGUAGACGAGCUUUCUCGCAUACGACCACUCGUUGCCGCGCGACCCCCGUGGACGACGAUCUCAAAGGCCUCAAUGCGGUCUCGAAACACAUCACCCAGCCGAUCGCGCAAGGCGCCUCUCAAGCCAUGCUAUACGCCACCGGUCUCACGGAAACAGACCUACAGAAGCCGCAGGUCGGCAUCUCGUCAGUAUGGUACUCUGGAAAUCCCUGCAAUAUGCACCUACUGCAGCUCAACCACAAAGUCAAGGAAGGCGUGCAGAAGGCUGGCCUGGUAGGCAUGCAGUUCAACACCAUCGGCGUGAGCGACGGCAUCAGUAUGGGCACGAAAGGCAUGAGGUACAGUCUGCAGUCACGAGAUAUCAUUGCAGACAGCAUAGAAACUGUAAUGGGUGGACAGUGGUACGAUGCGAACAUCAGUAUUCCAGGCUGCGACAAGAACAUGCCCGGAGUUGUGAUGGCAAUGGGACGAGUGAACCGUCCCUCCAUCAUGGUGUAUGGUGGUACAGUAUCAGCAGGAUGCGGUGUGCAACCACGCAACAACAAGCUUGAUAUUGUCUCGGCCUUCCAGGCAUACGGGCAGUUCCUCUCGAAGGAAAUAACGGAGGAAGAACGAUCGGACGUGAUUCGCAACGCCAUCCCAGGCUGUGGUGCCUGCGGCGGCAUGUAUACAGCCAACACUAUGGCGUCUGUGAUAGAGGUCAUGGGUCUGAGCUUGCCUGGCUCCUCUUCUAAUCCAGCUAACAGCAAGGCCAAGCAACUGGAGUGCUUAGCCGCAGGCGCAGCCAUUCGGAACUUGCUGAAGGAAGACAUCAGGCCGUCCGACAUCCUUACCCGAAGAGCCUUCGAGAAUGCCAUGAUCCUCGUGAACAUUACUGGUGGCAGUACCAACGCCGUCCUACAUCUGCUCGCCAUUGCUCACAGUGUCGGUGUCACCUUGACUAUCGAUGACUUCCAAGCUGUCUCUGAUCGGACACCCUUCCUUGCCGACCUCAAGCCAUCCGGAAAGUACGUCUUCGAAGACCUGUACAAUAUCGGCGGUACACCCUCACUCAUCAAGUACCUCCUGAAGGAAGGCGUGUUGGACGGGUCAGGCAUGACGGUCACCGGCAAGACGCUCGCGCAGAACGUGGAGAAUGCACCAGACUUCCCUUCUGACCAGGACAUCAUUCGACCAAUUUCAAACCCAAUCAAACAGACCGGCCAUAUUCAGAUCCUGCGCGGCUCGCUGGCUCCUGAAGGCUCUGUUGGAAAGAUCACUGGCAAAGAAGGCACCGUCUUUACCGGCAAAGCGCGCUGCUUCGACGCGGAAGAUGACUUCAUUACCGCUCUUGAAGCGAACACUUUCCAGAAGGGUGAGAAAACGGUCGUCAUUAUCCGCUAUGAAGGUCCACGAGGCGGUCCCGGUAUGCCGGAGAUGCUCAAACCCUCCUCCGCCAUUAUGGGCGCUGGUCUCGGUAAUGACAUUGCGCUCAUCACGGAUGGUCGAUUCAGUGGCGGGUCGCACGGCUUCUUGAUCGGUCACGUCACUCCGGAAGCGCAGGCGGGUGGGCCGAUUGGUUUGGUGCGUGACGGCGACACGAUCUGCAUAGACGCUGAUAAGCGUGUCAUCGACAUCGUUGAUCAAAGCGACGAGGAGUUGCAAAGACGCAAGCUAGAGUUCAAGGCGCCGCCGCUGAAGUACCAGAGAGGUACCCUGUACAAGUACGCGAAGAAUGUGAUGGACGCCAGCCAUGGGUGCAUUACCGAUGCGUAA